UAUGUUGGUGCUGUGCAUGCUGGGUAACUGUUUGAACAGACAUGGCGUCCCGGGUGCUGGUGCACUGCGUCCGAUCUGUAAGGCUCUUGCAGCACAGUGGCGGAGUCCUGAAAUCCGCCAGCAGGAGAUCACUGAGCCUCGUUUCGUUUCGACAACCAUCGACAUGGAUUUCACCGGUCUCCAGUCCUGCGCUGCAGCUCUGUCGGCAGUAUUGCGAUUCCCGGCCUCUGACCCUGCAGAGCAUCGAAGAGCGUGUCAUGAACGUCCUUAACCUAUACGACAAGAUCAAGCCGGAGACGCUUGAGUCAUCAUCUCACUUUAUGAAAGAUUUGGGGCUGGACAGUUUGGAUCAGGUGGAGAUUAUCAUGGCGAUGGAAGACGAGUUUGGAUUCGAGAUUCCAGACACGGAAGCAGAGAAGCUCAUGACUCCUGCCGAAGUUGUACAGUACAUCGCGAGGAAAAAGGACGUGAACCAAUAACCAAGGCUCUGUUUUUCACAUAAGGCCUCAAGAUCCCGGCCCUGCGCCGAUUCUAUCCUGAACAUCGCUCUGUUUCUGUCAGUCAUUGUGUGUAAUGUUUAAUAGAAAAGAUUGUAGUGUACAUUUGAAAAAUAAAUGUAAAAAUCGAAAAGUA